AUGUCGUCGCGUCGCAAGGGCUCGACGAAGGCCGCCACUGUGCUGUCCAACCCUGAGCUGCGGGCGCGCUACGACCGCAGCGGCGCAGAGGGCCUCGACCAGGUGGACUUUAUGGAUGGGGCCGCGUUCUUCAGCGCGCUCUUUGGCAGCGAGCUGUUUGACCACUUGAUAGGGGAGCUGGCCAUCGCCACCGUGGCGGGGGCUGGUGGCGAGCUGGACGUGGCUGAGCUGCGCAAGGCCCAGGCCGCGCGGGUGGAGCAGCUGGCUGUGAACCUCAAGGCCCUGCUGCGGAGAUACGUGGAGGGGGACACGGGCGGCUACGAGCUCUCCCAGCGCUGCGAGGCGGCGCGGCUGGCGGAGGCGUCGUUCGGAGACACGCUGCUGCACUGCAUAGGCCAGGUGUACUCCAUGCAGUCCGACAUAUUCCUGGGCGGCGUGCUGGACGGCACCUGGGCGCGCGUCAAGCAGGGCCGGCAGACGAUCAGGUCCCACAUGGACAUCGCCGGCGCCGCCCUGAGGGUGAUGAGUCACCAGGAAAAGGUCGCAGAAUUUGACCGGGAGUGCGACAAGCGCCGCCGCGUGCGAGAGCAGGAGGCGGCGGCAGCCGCCGCUCGGCGGCUAGCGGCGGACGCUCGGGGUGGCAGCGGCGCAGGGGAAGGGGAGGCGGCGCGGUGGGCGCCGCAGCCACGGCCGCAGGGGGUUGGUGAGGGCACGGGCGGCAGGGCGACGGCGGGGACGGAAGCGUAUGGGCAGGGGCAGCGGCGGCAGGAGACGUCGCCUGCGGCGGCGCGGCAGCGACCUUCUGAGCGGGCCGAGCGCUUCAGCGCCCGGGAAACGCAAACGGGCCGCAGCAAGGGCCCUCGCGGCGGCGGCGGUGGCGGCGGCGGCGGCAGCAUCAGCAGCAGUAGCAGCGCAGAGGCGCUCGCGUCGGAUGCGCCCGACAGCAGUGGCGGCGCAGCAGGACGGCAAUCAGGCGGCGGCGGCGGUGGUGGUUGUGAAUCUGGCGGCGUGCCUAUGGAGGAAUUGAUAGCACGGAGCCGGCUUGAGGAUACGAGCUUGAAUCUUGUGAUGGAGGCGAUGUGGGCCGCCAAUGUGGUGGACAUCCAGGCCACACUCAGCAAGGUCUGCCGCCGCGUGCUGCACGACAAGGCGGCCGGCAAGGCUGUCUGCAGAAAGCGGGCGCAGGGGCUCAGGCUCGCGGGCGAGAUUUUCCAGUCCGCCGCCGCCAGCCAAGCUGCCAGUCCAUCCGGCGGCGGCGGCGGCGGCGGCAGCCGCGGGGGCGGCGGCGGCGGCCGCCCCAAGCGUGACGCGAAGGAGGCUAUGGAGCGCGCCUUCCUGGCCGUGAUGGAGCGGCGCAUGGCGGCGGACGCAGAGGAGGACGCAUUGGCGGCGGCAGGGCAGUGA